GACCUGCACAGCGCUUCCGGGAGCUUGGCGGUGCGGCCGGUAUCGGCACCUUUGGGCGCCUAUCGGGGAGUCCUGGACGUGAGGCCAGAGGGCCCCCCCCACCUCCCCGCGAGCCCAAAUGCCGGGCCAGCCCCCAAGCAAGGACACAGAAGAGAUGGAACCUGAGGCCGACUCAGCGGCCGAGAUGAACGGGGAGGAGGAAGAGAGUGAGGAGGAACGGAGCGGCAGCCAGACGGAGUCUGAGGAGGAGAGCUCCGAAAUGGACGAUGAGGACUACGAGCGGCGCCGCAGCGAGUGCGUCAGCGAGAUGCUGGACCUGGAGAAGCAGUUCUCGGAGCUGAAGGAGAAGUUGUUCCGGGAGCGACUGAGCCAGCUGCGCUUGCGGCUGGAGGAAGUGGGAGCUGAGAGAGCCCCCGAGUACACAGAGCCUCUCGGGGGGCUGCAGCGGAGCCUCAAGAUUCGCAUUCAGGUGGCAGGCAUCUACAAGGGCUUCUGUCUGGAUGUGAUCAGGAAUAAGUACGAGUGUGAGCUGCAGGGAGCCAAACAGCACCUGGAGAGCGAGAAGCUGCUGCUGUACGACACCCUGCAGGGGGAGCUGCAGGAGCGGAUCCAGAGGCUGGAGGAGGACCGCCAGAGCCUGGACAUCAGCUCAGAGUGGCGGGAUGACAAACUGCACGCCGGAGGCAGCUCCCGGACCUGGGACUCCCUGCCACCCAGCAAGAGGAAGAAGGCACCCCUCGUCUCCGGCCCUUAUAUUGUGUACAUGCUGCAGGAAAUCGACAUCCUGGAGGACUGGACCGCCAUCAAAAAGGCUAGAGCAGCUGUGUCCCCUCAGAAGAGAAAAUCAGAUGGACUGUGACCCUGAUGUUCUCAGCCAAAGGGUUUCUCAGAGCGGCUGGCACCAAACCCAAAACUUGCGUUUUCCUGCUGCAGAAAGGUGGACUGACAGGCCCCUCAGGUCUGCCUGGCGGCCCAGCAGCUCUCCAAGGCUGCAGUCGGCCUCCACCUCCAGCACCACUGGCCUCAACUCUUCCUCUGCCCCCCGCAGGGGCCGGCACCACUGUGGGCCUGGAGCUGACCUGCACAGGCCGGACUGUCUCCCCGUCCCCAGCCAGCCUGCCGCCCGCCUCCUAAAGACCAGCUUCCUCUGCCCUCCCUGACAAUUUAAGCCAAACAGUGUCUUCCUGCUGACCUUGGGCCCUGGUCCUUAGCCCCUGAGCCGGGCCCCACUGCGGGGACUCGGAGCCAUAAGUUAUAUUUGGGGGGCUCUGUCCUGGCAGGAGGUGGAGGUGAGAAGCCAGGCUCCCCAGGUUUUUUCAGGGUAUCUCUUCGUUCCGCCUCUCAGAUGGCAA